AACAUAUAUCCAGCUAGCAUCCAGCUACAGUGCUAGACUAGCGUAGCAAGAUAUAUAUGUGUGCUAGGAGCAGUAGCUAGAGUACUUGCCUAGCUCGCUCCUCGUAACCUCGGAGAUAAACUGAACUCAGUAGCUAGUUUCAUGGAGGAUGACAAGAAGGCAGGCAAGUACCGCGGCGUGCGGAAGCGGCCGUGGGGCAUGUUCGCCGCGGAGAUCCGGGACCCCGAACGCAGCGGCUCCCGCGUCUGGCUCGGCACGUUCGACACCGCGGAGGCGGCCGCGAGGGCCUACGACCGCGCCGCAUUCGCCAUGAAGGGUGCCACGGCCGUGCUCAACUUCCCCGGCGAGGCUGCCAGGAUGAGCACUGGGUCCUCCUCGUCGUUGACGUCGGCUCCGGCAGCCUCUGGUGGGAGGGGGAGGGACCGGGUCCCUGACACGGAGAAGGUGGAGCUGGAGUGCCUUGACGACAGGGUCUUGGAGGAGAUGCUCGCGGAUGACAAGAAAGGAGACAACUAAUACUACGAAGAAUAGCCACCGUUCUUCCGGUGGCUGGAGCAUGGACAUAAUAACUAGCCAUGACUUGCAUGGACACACGUGUAGACUAAACCAGCUUACACGUCAUUGUUCCAGCAAGCUCAUGCAGCGUGCUUUGUCGCCGCGAAGACGGAAGUAGUAGUAAACCAUGUAUGCAUUUGGUUCAGCGCCUGUACGUUAGCACCACUACACCCCCUUCUAUACAUUAUACAUCGUACACAAUGCUACUGUAUCUUUCUUAAAGCUGAUUGCAUAUUCUCACAAAAAAAAAAUGAGCAUAGUCAUACAAACUAUUUUCAAUUGUGGCUACUUGAGAAAUAUAGCUAAUUGGUAAGAAAUGGCUGGGGUUUUAAUGAUUCUCCUCCAUCUGUUCGAGUU